AUGAGACCCAAGAAGAUGAAGACUGAAAACUCUUUGAAGGGAGACAGGUCUUCAGUUGACAUUUUAUUGAAGAACCAUUACGGAAAUGAAUGGCGAAAUUUACCUGAGUUAGAAUUCUAUAAAAUUAUUGACAAAAAUGCCACAGAAGCCCAGAACAGAACAGACCCCGACGAGGAAUACGAGAGUGAAGAAGAAGAAUCAGUCGUAAAAAUUUAA